CGCAGGCGGGCAUGCGACCCCGGACCCCCAACUCUUUAGGAAGCUGGACAGGCCCUGAGCGAGCACCUGCACCAGGCCUCAGGAGUCAUCGGGCUGGGGUGACUCAUGGCCACUGUCACCUCUCGGAAUUGUACAGUGAGGACUUCCAGAGAACUUUGACCUCAGGCCCCCCAAUCCCUAGGUCCAGGACGUGGGCUUCUCCACCCUUGGCAAUGCACGGUGAUUGUCCUGACUUCUGAUCUCAGCCUUCUCUUCCCACACUCUAAGAUCUGAGUUGAUCAGAAAAUGUCACACGAGGGCUCAUUGGGCUCAGGCCUUGCUCCCUGGUCCUGCCCCCUUGGUGGCUUUGGGUAUCUUGAUGAGAGGACUCCACAGGGCUAAACUCAGAGCCCCUGCCUACUCCUCAGCUCUCAGGGCUUGAGGACUUCCAGCUGAACAAGUGCCUGGAAGCCCAGCCCUGGGCAGCAAGAUGUUCUCUGGCCAGGGCCCGGGAGACUCAAGGCUGGGCCUUUGCAUCCUGUGCUGGCCGUGACUUGUUUAGCUGAGGUGGGCCCACUGGCUGCGGUGGUGGAGGGUAGCAGACAGGGGAGGUCAGCUGAACAUGAGGCCUCUGUUUGGUGGAGGGGCUCCUGCUGGUUGAGCACAAGGUUGAGAGAAGAGCCAGGCAGGAUGGCCAGCAGGCAUGGAGACCAGAAUGAGAUGCUGGUGGGUCCGAAGUCUGCCCACCAGAGAGAGGGAGUGCAAGGGGUUGGGGAGUGGGCUGAGGCCUUCAGCACCCUCCUUGGCUGUCUUGUAUGCCUGGGGAAAAGGAUCCAGGGCUGCUUGCCCAGUAGGAUGCUGCUGCAUGGGGUCUGAAUGAGAGGAGUAAGAGUUCUGAGGGGAAAGAUGUCCCCAAGGUGCCAAGGUCUGGCACCCUGUGAGCCAGCAGUGGUUCCUGGUGCCAUAAUUGGCCCCCGAGAGGAAUGUCGUCAGCCUCCUUCCUCCUGCACAGGCCACUUUUCCUUGGGGACAUGCCCUGGCUCCUGAUUCUCAGCACACCUUGAGACUAGAUGUCUGAUCCCUUCUGUGUUGGAGGAGGCCGACGUCUCCAGGGGUCCAGCAAAAGUGGACCUGGGAAGGGUAGCAGCCGGAAAGAAGUCCGACUUCCGGUGCUGCAGGACCCACCGAAGCUGGGGAUGCCGGUGGUCCACAGUGGACAGACAGUGCCUGGCCAGGCCCCUCUGUGCUUUGAACCAGGAAGUCCAGCCAGUGACCGGACAGAAGGGAAGAAAAAGGGGCGGCCGAAAGCUGAGAACCAGGCCCUCCGAGACAUUCCUCUCUCCCUUAUGAACCAGUGGAAGGAUGAGUUCAAGGCACACUCAAGGGUGAAGUGUCCAAACUCAGGGUGCUGGCUGGAGUUCCCCAGCAUCUACGGGCUCAAGUACCAUUACCAGCGGUGCCAAGGGGUAAGAGGCUGUGGGUUGGGGAAAAGGAGGCUCGGGAGUAUGGCUGGGCAGAGGCCCCCCGGGCCCCAUCCCACACCUGCCCUCCCUGCCCAGGGUGCUGUCUCAGAUAGGCUGGCCUUCCCUUGCCCCUUCUGCGAGGCCGCAUUCACUUCCAAGACUCAGCUGGAGAAACACCGGAUUUGGAAUCACAUGGACCGUCCCCUGGCUACCCCGAAGCCUGGCCCUGUCAGCCGGCCAGUGACCGUCAGCCGGCCUGUUGGGGUCAGCAAGCCCAUCGGAGUGAGCAAACCAGUCACUAUCGGAAAGCCAGUGGGAGUCAGCAGGCCUAUUGGCAUCAGCAAGCCAGUCACAGUCAGCAGGCCCGUGCCAGUCCCAAGGCCCAUGCCGGUCACCAAGCCUGUCACAGUCAGCAGGCCCAUAACAGUCACCAAGGCCAUGCCUGUCACCAGGCCUGUGCCUGUCACCAGGCCCAUUCCAGUCACCAAGCCCGUGCCAGUCUCCAAGCUUGUGACAGUUACAAAACCCGUGCCGGUCACCAAGCCAGUUCCAAUCAGCAGGCCCAUUGUGGUCAGCAAGCCAGUGCCGGUCAGCAGGCCUGUCGCCAUCAGCAGACACACACCGCCCUGCAAAAUGGUGCUGCUGACCAAGUCUGAGAACAAAGCACUGCGUGCCCCAGGGAAGAGCAGCGGUAAGAAAAGGGCUGCAGACAGCCUGGAUCCUUGCCCCAUCCCACCCAAGCAGGCCAGGCCCGAGAAUGGGGAGUAUGGCCCAUCUACCACAGGCCAGAGUAUGGCCUUCCAGCUGAGCACCGACCCCAGCAAUAGCUCCCUGCUGCUGGGAAGCAGGCCCUCGAUGGGGAAGGAGGUGCUGCGGCCUGCGGGCCCUGUGUUCCCACCUGAGGAAGACCCAGAGCGCACAAAGCACAGAAGGAAACAGAAAACACCCAAGAAGUUUACAGGGGAGCAGCCAUCCAUCUCAGGGACCUUUGGGCUCAAAGGGCUAGCCAAAGCCGAGGACAAGGCCCGAAUUCACCGCUCCAAGAGGCAGGAGGGGCUGGGCCCGGAGGACGUACGCAAGAAGGUGCCAGCUACCCCCAUCACUGUCAGCAAGGAGGCGUCAACUCCUGUGACUCACCCUGCCCCAGGUGGCCCUGAAGAGCAGUGGCAGCGAGCCAUCCAUGAGCGGGGGGAGGCCGUCUGCCCCACUUGCAAUGUGGUCACCAGGAAGACUAUCGUGGGACUUAAGAAGCACAUGGAGGUGUGUCAGAAGCUGCAAGAUGCGCUCAAGUGCCAGCACUGUCGGAAGCAGUUCAAGUCCAAGGCUGGCCUCAACUACCACACCAUGGCUGAGCACAGUGCCAAGCCCACUGAUGCUGAAGCCUCAGAGGGGAGUGAGCAGGAGGAGCGGGAGCGGCUUCGAAAGGUGCUGAAGCAGAUGGGGCGACUGCGCUGCCCCCAGGAGGGCUGUGGGGCUGCCUUCUCCAGCCUCAUGGGCUAUCAGUACCACCAGCGACGCUGCGGGAAGCCGCCCUGCGAGGUAGACACUCCCUCCUUCCCCUGCGCCCACUGUGGCAAGACCUACCGCUCCAAGGCUGGUCAUGACUACCACGUGCGCUCAGAACACACGGCUCCGCCCCCCGAGGAAUCCAUGGACAAGACCCCUGAGGCAGAGGACCUGCUGGGUGUGGCCCGGACCCCAAGCGGUCGCAUUCGCCGCACAUCGGCCCAGGUUGCCGUGUUCCAUCUGCAGGAGAUCGCAGAAGAUGAGCUGGCCCGCGACUGGACCAAGCGGCGCAUGAAGGACGACCUUGUGCCUGAGACUGCACGGCUGAACUACACUCGGCCAGGCCUCCCUACACUCAACCCACAGCUGCUGGAGGCAUGGAAGAAUGAAGUCAAAGAGAAAGGCCACGUAAACUGCCCCAACGAUUGCUGCGAAGCCAUCUACUCCAGCGUGUCUGGUCUCAAGGCCCAUCUUGCCAGCUGCAGCAAGGGGGACCACCUGGUAGGGAAGUACCACUGCCUGCUGUGUCCCAAAGAGUUCAGCUCUGAGAGCGGUGUCAAGUACCACAUCCUCAAGACUCAUGCAGAGAACUGGUUCCGGACCUCAGCAGAUCCACCUCCCAAACACAGGAGCCAGGACUCCUUGUUGCCCAGGAGAGAGAAAAAGAAAACCCUGGGGGGUGGGAAGAAGCGGGGCCGCAAGCCCAAGGAACGGCCCCCUGAGGAGCCUGUGGCCAAGCUGCCCCCGAGCCGGGACGACUGGCCCCUGGGAGGCAAAGACAAGGGCGCUCGGGGCUCCACUGGGCGGAAGGUGGGAGCUGGCAAGGCAUGUGAGAAGUGAACCUAGUCGGUGGGGCCCGGCCCCAUGCCGGCCAGUAAGCCCCACUCUGGUGCAGAGGACCCAGCUGUGGACCUGACCUCCACCCCCGACCCCCGUCUGUCUGUCCCGUGAGUGUGGCCAGCUGCUCUCCCUCCUGCUCAGGCUGCCUCAGGGCACACCUGGGCUGGUCUCUCCUGGGCACCAGGGCAGCCGCAGAAGUGCAAUAGCCGGGGCAGGGCAGCCCUUCCUGGGAGGGCAUCCAUGGGCCUGGCAGGGACACGGCCUCGGCACUAUGGUGAUGCAGUGCAGAGCAGCCGGAGGGCUUUGGCUCCUGUCUCUGCUUCCUUAGGCCCGGUUGGCUCCCCACCCUCGCUUCCCAAGGCUCCUGGUGACCUGCGGCUCUGGGCUGAUGAGGGCACUUGAGCAGCCUUGCCUCUACCCAACACUGGACUCCAGUACCCCAGCUACCUCCCAGGACAGACCCCGUCUGACCACUGCCAUACUGACCUGAACCCACCUGGCUCCCCAUGUCCACCCAGUCUGGUUCCUCUGCUUUUGUUUUCUACCUCUCUGGGCCUGUUCCUCCCACCCCCACUCCUGCCCCCAUCCCCCAGGUCGCCCCUGCUGUGCUUCAGGCCUCCCCCACCUGUGUCAUCCUGACAGGGCUUUCCUGCAUGGUCCCCAGCAGUGCAUCCUGCUUGGCACGAGGGAAGGACCCUACUUAAUUCCACUGGCAGGGACUGGAGCCCCAGGCAUAUUGGGGAAGGCUAGCAUGUCUGUCUCCAGCUUGUGGCCUGUGGCCUGAAGCAGUCUGUCUGUCUCACUGGGGCCAGGGCUGGGCUAAGGGGGCUCAGCGAUGAGGAGUCACCCCUGUGGGAGACAGCCUCCAUCUUCCAGACAGUACUGGCCCAGAGGCUGAGCUGUGGAAGUCCUCCUCCUGCUCUUCCUUUCUUACCUGCCCCUGUGUAUCUGGUGGCAUGGUCUUUUUGAUACAGACCCUGAAGGCCAGUGCUUGGGAGGGGCCCAUGGCCAAGGUGGUGGCUCCAGGGCUGUCUUCCCCUUUGGGGCCCUGAGGACAGGAGGAUCUACAGGUUGGACAGGCGUCAGGCAGGGAUCCCAGGGUGCCUGGAGGUGGCCAUACAGCUUCUGGUCUCCCUGGCUGCACCUUCCAACACUGGUACAGGGAGGAAGAUGCUUAGAGGAACUUUUGGACUGAGGCCAUCUUCUGGGGUGGGGGUGCUGAGGGCUCGGCCUCGCUGAUCCUGGAUGAUGUGAAUUUUGAUAUUUGCCUGUGUGCGUGUCUCCUGGGUGUAGUGGAUGCCAGUCUUGUUGCUGUGACAAGUAACAACUUUUUUAAAUUCUGUUUUUUAUACGAAAAUUUCACAACAAUCUGACAUUUUGGUGCUAAGGGUUUCCUGGUGCCAGAGAUGGGCCUGAGCUGGCCCAGGACUGUGGCCAGGCCUCUCUACUGACCAGUGGGCUGUGUUGACUGGGUAACCCCUCUCCCAGCAGGGAUGGGGAGGUGCACUUGGGCUUUCCCUGCCUGCAGGAGAGAGCAGCUCCAGAGGGCUUUGCGGGUGCUGUGCUCUUUCUGUCUGGGAACGAUAACUCUGGACAGUCCAGAGAGGGGUGUAGAGGAUGUGUAUUACUCCACACACCUUCAUCUUGUUCAGAGUAUGGCAGCUAGGCAGAAGUGGGUUUGAUCCAGUGAUGAAGGGUAGGCUGGGACUCGGACAGGAGGGCUGUAUAUCUAUUCUGAGUGCUACAGUUGUGUGCAGCUGGGGAAUGUGGAGGGGAGAGAGGCCCUGGUGCACUUCGCCCUUGUUACCUAUGGUGAAGGAGGUUAGACCCCCCAACACCAUUCUGCAGGGUAUGGCUGCCUGCCCCAGCCUCUCAGGUACUUGGCACUUGAGGGGAGGAGGGUGACCUGUUUUUUUUGCUGGGGGUUGAGUUUCCAGGACACCUCUCAAAGCCCACAGGUAGUCCCUGUGUGGCCAGUGGGGGUCCUGGAUAACUUGUUUAGCACUUUAACUCCCUUGUCUUUGAAGUGGAUGUAGGGGGUGUGCUGCCAGAAGUGGCUGUUGGGUCAGACCCUUCCCUCUCUCCUUCCUCUCUGAUACUAGCUGGUCUGUAGAGUCCUCAGCCCAAGAGAGUAGGGCCCUGGGCAGGGCUCUGCAGGGUCAGCUCCCCUCCCAGUCAGGGCAAGGUGACCACUGGCCUCCAUAGACACUCAGUAAAAGGACCAGCAUGGCAGACCCCCAUGGUCUGGAAAACAUGCACCUUGGAGGCCCAUACCCUGGGACCUUGGCAAAAUGAAACAGUCGGGGUCUCCCUCUGCAGAUCUACCUCUGGCUCAGUGCAAGCCCUGCCCUCUGAAUAGAAAAGUGCCCCAGGGACUGACACUUAACACAAAAAUGGGAUGCACUUUAUUUAUCUGUACAGGCAGAUGAGGGUGUAUCCUAGGUUCCAGUGGGCCUUCCAAUCCCUUUUGUGGUUCUGAAGGGAGACCCUGGGAGAAGAGGCUGUCCCUGUGAGUCCUAGCUGUGUGGGCCCAGGCAGCUUGCCUUUGAGUCUGGGUUCAGGAGCGUCAGUGGGUCACUCCUUCUGCCUGAAAGCCCAUGCGUCCUAAACUUUAGGUAUCUUUUUUUUUUUUUAACUUAGUUCUCAGUACACAAGUGCAUUUUGAAAGACAGGUUCUAGCUAUCACUUGUAACCAUAUAUAUACAUAUAUAUUCUAUCUACAAAGUGUUUAUUUGCAAGAUGUUUUGACUGUGAGCUUGGGCCCUGCCCGCCUUGUGACCAUCUGUCCCCAUCCUCGUCCCCGCCCCGCCCCCUAGAUCGGAGUGGCGGGGGCAGGCCAUCAACUGUAUGUAUUAGAAAUUACUGUAUCAAAUAAAUGUUUAUUGAUUUCUUUUCCAGG